AUGGCCCCGUCACGACUCGAGUCUCUGGCGACUACUAUCGCCGAAUCAACGCAGGAGCUUCGCACUUUACUGGCCCAGCAUGGCCUCGAAGAGCCCUCCUUCGAGGCAGACUAUCUCCCAUCAAUAGCUCUACCUCCAGCGGCAGACGAAGCGCGAAAUGCGCUCCUGCAUGCAGCAUGUGAGAUCCAGGACCUUCUUCUUGACCCGGCGGAUCUCUUGCGAUCAUAUGCUGCACAUGCACAUCUAGUGUCGCUGCACUUUAUUCAGCAGUUCAAUAUCGCCAAGCUUGUCCCCAUCGGUGGCGGGACCACCACAUUUGCGGUCCUAGCCGAACAAUGUGGGCUACCUGAGGCAGACGUACGUCGUCUCCUCCGGCACGCAAUGACGAUCCGAGUAUUCGACGAACCCCACGAGGAUGAGGUGGUUCACACACGGGCCAGCAUGCUUAUUCGCGAUGAAGGCAUUCAUGGCUGGAUCGGGUCAACCUGCCAGAAUAUGUGGCCUGGUGCGACGAGAACAAUCGAAUCGUUGAAACGGUUUCCCGGCUCUUCAGAUCCUUCUCAAUCGGUGAGUCUCGCCCUUUAUGCCUCUCUCAAUGAAGAUUGGAGGAUGGGAAAAGUCCACAGAGGCCACCAAGCCAAGUUAUACAUCUUCAUCAGGUUCGCUCUCGCCAACAACAAUCUCACACUCUAUGAGGCUCUCGCACAAUCCCCCGACAGAGCUGCCACCUUUGCUGCCAGUAAACGCGGCUAUACCUCGGGCUCUGCUUUUCAUCCCGCCGCCUUUCUUGAAGCCUAUAGUCCGUUUUUGACCUCUGUUGCUCCAGGCUCGCUCUUCGUUGAUGUAGGCGGCGCACACGGCGCGAUCGCCCUCGCCGCUGCAACCAUUUAUCCACAACUUCGCUAUAUCGUCCAAGACCUCCCUGAGGUAAUUAUACGGGCACCACAAGAUCAAUCUUCAGACAAAGGUGUGGAGUUCCUCGUGCACGAUUUCUUCACCCCGCAACCACUACGCGAUGUUGCUGUAUUCUACCUAAGACAUAUACUGCAUAAUUGGGGAGAUGCACAUGCGAUUAAGAUUUUGAAGGGGUUGAUCCCCGGGAUGCGUCAAGGAACGCGCGUAUUGAUCCAUGAGCAUGCCCUGGAGCAUCGGAAGCAGCCAAUGUGGAAGAGGAGGCUAGAGAGCGCCAUGGAUUUGAAUAUGAUGGUACUGUUGAAUGCGCGGGAGCGGGAUGAAACAGCGUGGCGGGCGUUGCUCCAUAGCGCAGAUCCGCGAUUUACGUGGGUUGGAGUGAGGCGACCGGGGGAAGUGCAUUGGCGAUUGUAG